CUUUGCGGAGGGAGGAGCGGGGAGGCGUGGAACGUUUUGCAUCCCGAUAAACCUGUGUCAAGGAUGCCAAAGGAAUUACCCUUUAGAAUAGGAAGUAUGUUAAUAUUGAAUAAGACAGCAAGAGUUUUCUCUAAACCAUCAAAAAGCAAAAUUUAUGCAUUUCUAAGAAGUUUUAAUUUUUCCCCUGGAACACGGUUUCUUCAUAAAGUAGUCCUGGGAAUUGAAACCAGUUGUGAUGACACAGCAGCAGCUGUGGUGGAUGAAACUGGAAAUGUGUUGGGAGAAGCAAUACACUCCCAAACUGAAGUUCAUUUGAAAACAGGCGGGAUUGUUCCUCCAGUAGCUCAGCAGCUUCACAGAGAAAAUAUUGAACGAAUAGUACAGGAAGCGCUUUCUGCCAGUGGAAUCUCUCCAGGAGACCUCUCAGCAAUUGCAACUACCAUAAAACCAGGACUGGCGUUAAGCCUCGGGGUAGGCUUGUCAUUUAGCAAACAGCUGGUGAACCAGUGGAAGAAGCCUUUCAUCCCCAUUCAUCACAUGGAGGCGCAUGCACUGACUAUUAGGCUGACCAAUCAAGUCGAAUUUCCUUUUUUAGUUCUUUUGAUCUCUGGGGGUCAUUGUCUCUUGGCACUAGUCCGAGGAGUUUCAGAUUUCCUGCUGCUUGGAAAGUCUUUGGACAUAGCACCUGGUGACAUGUUUGACAAGGUUGCUAGAAGACUUUCUUUAACCAAACAUCCAGAAUGCUCCAGCAUGAGUGGUGGGAAGGCUAUAGAACAUUUGGCCAAACAAGGAAACAGGUUUCAUUUUGAUAUCAGUCCACCCAUGCAUCGUGUUAAAAACUGUGAUUUUUCUUUUACUGGACUUCAACAUGUUACUGAAAAAAUAAUAACGAAGAAGGAAAAAGAGGAAGGUAUCGAGAAGGGCCAGGUCCUGUCUUCAGCCGCAGACCUUGCUGCUGCGGUACAGCACACAGCAGCAUGCCACAUUGCAAAAAGGACACAUCGUGCGAUUCUGUUUUGCCAGCAGAGACAGUGGUUGUCUCAAAGUCAUGCGGUACUAGUUGUGUCUGGAGGUGUUGCAAGUAACUUUUACAUCCGAAGAGCUCUGGAGAUUGUCACAGAUGCUACCCAGUGCACUCUGCUGUGUCCCCCUCCCAGGCUGUGCACCGACAACGGUGUCAUGAUUGCAUGGAAUGGCAUUGAAAAAUUACGUGCUGGCUUGAGCAUUUUAUAUGACGUAGAAGGCAUCCGCUAUGAACCAAAAAGUCCUCUUGGAAUAGAUAUAUCAAAAGAAGUUGGAGAAGCUUCCAUAAAAGUACCACAAUUAAAAAUGAUGAUUUAAUUUUUACUUUGCAAGUCUCUAAAGGUACAGAAUGGAUUACAGCCAGACCUUGAGACAAGAUGCAGUUAAGCAAAGUGGAUGGAGAAAGGAGGGGCCUUAAAGAACCCUGG